CGCACAGAGAGCACAUGGCUGCAUGAUUUUGAAACCCCCCUCCAAUAGAAAGCUUAUCAAAGCGUCAUGGCAGCAGAGAACGUGUGCGCCUGUGUAGUCCCGCCCCUGUCAAGUGCGGUGGAGACACGGAAGCAGAAUAGGAGCCUGUGGAUAAUGUGUGUAGGAGAAAAGGGGGAGGGAAUGCUAACACACACACGCACACACACACACUUGCGGCUGAUGUAACAGAAAACUGUGAUCACAAUGAAGUGAAGGUUUUUGAAAGGAAACGGGAGAGGAGAGCAGUCUCUUCCUGUGUUCUGACAAAGAUUACAUACAUCUACAUUUCCUGAUUUACAUCCUUCAUACCGCCAUCAUGUCGCUGCUGACUCAUGUGUUAGCAUGUCUGUUCGGGAUGGGCUCCUGGGUGGCCAUCAAUGGGAUGUGGGUGGAGCUCCCCCUGAUCGUAAAUGAGAUCCCAGAGGGCUGGUACCUCCCAUCCUACCUCACAGUCCUCAUCCAAAUGGCCAACAUAGGUCCUCUCUUCAUCACCCUGAUGCACCGCUUCCGCCCAGGAGCGCUGGAUGAGCGGCCGGUCGUCUACUGCAUCGUGGUGUUGGGGAUCAUCGCUACAUUCCUGCUGGCUUUCUUCUGGAGGCACACGGUGACAAUAGGGAGCUCCCAGCAUAGUUUGCCCCUGCUGGUGUUAAGCUUUCUGCUUUCAGUGGUGGACUGCACCUCCUCCGUCACCUUCCUGCCUUUCAUGAUGCGACUGCGUCCCCAGUACCUCACCACAUAUUUUGCAGGUGAAGGUCUCAGUGGUCUGGUGCCUGCACUGGUGGCUCUGAUUCAAGGUGUUGGUGUAGUCCACUGUCAGAAUGCCACUUUGUCUGAUUCACUAAAUGAAACAGCUGACAAUUCCACUAUAGCUGGCAGUUUUGAGCUAAAAGCCAUCUACCAGCCAGCUAAAUUCUCUGCUGAGGUCUUUUUCCUGUUCCUCAGUGCCAUGAUGGUUGUGUGUCUGGUAGCCUUCACCCUACUCAACCGUCACCCAGCUGUGGCUCGGGAGAGAAAGAACGACCUGUAUUUCAGUGGUGAUCUGGCUCCAGGAAAGAGAGAACAAGGUCUGUCUCUACAUGCCCAGACACCAGAGCAGAAGCCUAUGAUCAGUCCCUUGGACAGGAGUGAACCUCGCAGCUCUUUUGGCACGGGGACAUACAGCAACCUCGAGGUGGUGUUCAUCUUUGUUGUGCUGGCGUGGGUGAAUGCUCUGACCAACGCAGUCCUGCCAUCAGUGCAGUCCUACUCUUGUCUGCCUUAUGGGAACCAGGCGUACCAUCUAGCUGCCACCAUGGCAGCUGUCGCUAACCCAGUGGCCUGCUUCAUCGCCAUGUUUAUACCGAUAAGGUCUCUCAUCUUCAUGGGUUUCUUGACCAUGUUUGGGACUGGAUUUGGAGCCUACAUCAUGGCCAUGGCUGCUCUGAGUCCCUGUCCUCUGCUGGUCCACAGUUCCUCUGGAACCAUCGUCAUAGUGCUGGCCUGGAUCCUGUUUGUCCUGUCCUUGUCCUAUGUGAAGGUCAUCAUUGGAGUGAUUCUGAGAGAUGAGGGCCACAGUGCCCUUGUGUGGUGCGGAGCAGUAGUGCAGUUGGGCUCCAUGGUUGGCGCUAUAUCCAUGUUCCCAUUGGUCAGUGUCUAUGGACUUUUCAAGUCAGGUGAUGCUUGCAACACUAAGUGUCCAAUGUAGUGAGUAAACAUGUUUAAGUGUAAAACAUUACUGUACAAAAGUGAAAUAUGAUUUGCACUCAUUUUAGUAGCACUGAACUCAUUGCAGUCAAGCUUUACAUAUUCAAACUUACUUCAGAGAGGUCGUAGGUGUUUAUCUUCAACUGUAUUACUCCUUGAUGUUUUUAAAUAGGUCUGCUCUCCUUAGUGUCAGAUGGUAGAUUUAUGUUUUAUACAACUAUCUGUAUUUAUUUGACUUAUGGAGUGAGUGCCACACAAGGCUGAAAUUCCACCAACAAUAUCAAUGUCUCAAUCACCACACAGGACCAGAACUGAAUCAUAUUUUACUGCUGAGUGUAUUACAAUUCCAUCUCAAUUCAGAGGUCAAAGCUAUUUUACUUGAACUGUUAAAGGUGCAGUGUGUAGAAUUUAGUGGCAUCUAGCAGAACAGACUUGGCAGAAAUGGAAUAUAUUAUU